GUGACGUGUGACCAAUUCUGGUUAUUAUUUGGAAUAAAAUAUUUAGACCUCAGGUUUAAAUGUUCCUAUUUUAUAGUUCAGCGUCAGUCUGGGAACUCCCCCCUUGUCUCCGUAUGGCUCUCCUCCCUCUCCUCAUCCCUCUAUCCUUCACCACUCUUAAGCUCCAGACCUCCUCAGGGAACAUCUGACACACAUCAGAACACUAGAGGCCCAGCAGAUGUGGAUUCAACUCUUCACCACUCCUUUUUAAGCAGCCUUCAUCAGAUCUGGUUCUGGGCUCUCAAGAUUUGGGAUCUAGACCUGCAGAAAGGGAUUUAGAGUUUCUACCUGAUGAAAUCCUGUAAGAGUAUGGGGGCGAGCCGAGUGCUGCAGUUGUCUGUUUUGCUAGUGGGACUCUGUGCCCCUCCACCAAGUGAUGCUUCCACAUCACAGGAGGCAGGUGAGGUCCCCGUGUCCCAGCUGAGGAUGCUCUCGCUGGGACUGGCUCACCUGCUGCGGUGGGUGGAGGAGAACGCCGGGCGGCUGGAGCAGCAGGGAGACCAGGUGGCAGCAGAGCUGGACGGGGCCACAAAGAGUCUGGAGGGCCUUCGUAAGCAAAGUUUACAGUCAGCACGGACUCACAGGCAGGUGAGGAAGGACCUGCAGAUACAGAGUGCCAGGGGGGACAGGCUGUGGAAGGCGGUCAGAGAUCUGCAGAAGGGGCUGGAGGAUCUGGAGACGGAGCAGGGAGCCACGCAGCACCAGAUGAACCGGAUCCUCCAGAGACUGAGGAGCCUGACCGGUCCGAGUUCGGGGGAUCAAACUCAGCUGGAUAUCAACAACACUAAAGUUAUCAUGGAUAAACAGGCCCGACGGCUCGUCAGUCUAACCGCAGAGGUUUCAGCCCGAGACCGACUCAUUGGCAGACGCCAGCGGCACAUUGACCACCUGGAGAAACAGGUGUCUGAGAGGCUCCCAGCAGCAUGAGGAAAGACUUGACUCCGACUGGUGAGCAGCUGCAUCAACACAGCAACUCUGAACCAAUCCGCUCUCACUGAGAAAGACUUAAAGCCGACAGAAUGAACUGCUCUGAAACAAAGGAUGUGUCACAAUCAACAAACGCGUGUGUAAUACACACUGUGUUAGAUUAACAGACAUUCGGGUUGCUUUCCAACACAACCUGUCGAUUACAACAAAAAAUUCUAUUACAGGAUGUGUUGAAAACUAUCGUCAAUGCGUGUUGUCCUCCAUUUCAAACUGGUUCGGAAAUAAAACCUUCCUGUUACUGGGUCAUCAUGCUGUGGCUCUGACUUCCACAAUAUUGUGGUUGAUAGUGGUGGUGAAACGCCUUGUGAAGAUACUUGCUCAUACACACCCAAAUAAACUGAGGAAACCUUCAGACUAACAACACUCAUCAUCAAAAAAUAAAGAGUCAAAUUAUGUUCUUCUUUAUGUCUUCUGGUGUAAUUAACUCAACUACACUCAAGUCAUAUGUACCAUGACAGAACACAGUAAUAUGAAUAAUAAUUGAUUGGCAAAAUAUCCAGCAAAGACAGUGGGAAAUUAUUUCAGUAGGUUAUG